AAAAUCAGUGGAUAAUAUUGAUCCGUCUUUCCGUAAUAUGAAAUCAAUUGUUUUUAACCAUGGUAUUAUUUAAACAAAAGUUGUUAUUUGACAGUCAUGGACUAUUCCCCCAUUUAAGCUAAGUUUUAUGCAUUAAAUAAGGACAAUAACGUAUAAAAUGGCCUCCGCAAUGCCCGUAAACCCUAAACCGUACCUUAACAGUUUGACUGGUAAAUCAGUGCUGGUAAAAUUGAAAUGGGGACAAGAAUAUCGAGGUUAUUUAGUAUCUUUAGAUAGUUAUAUGAAUAUACAGUUGGCGAAUGCAGAAGAAUAUUUUGGGGGCCACUAUUCAGGCAAUUUGGGUGAAGUUUUGAUAAGGUGUAAUAAUAUUCUAUAUAUUAAAGGCCUGGAAGACGACGACGAAGAAAACGAAUCAAAAGAGUAAAGCAAUUAGUUAAUAAAUAAUGAA